AACUCGUCCGCCACACCACCAGCUAAAAGAACACGUACGAACGUAGGCACGGACGUUCCGGACAUGGCGCCGCGUAGCAUCAGCAGCCCGUUGCUGCUUCUCUCCGCCGUGCUCCUCUCCUGCUGCUGCGGCCUCUCCGGCGCGGCGCGGCCGGCCCCUUCGGCCGCCGCCGUCGGCAACGUCAGCUUCAUCAGGUCGUGGUGCGCGGGGACGGAGUACCCGACGCUGUGCGACGCGACGCUCUUCCCGCACGCGGCCGCUGUGGGAACAAGCCCAGCGCGGCUGGCGUGGGCCGCGCUGAACGUGACCCUCGACGGCGCGCGGAACGCGAAGGCGGCCAUGAAGGAGAUGGCCGCGGGAGGCCAGCUGACGCCCGUGGCGGCGGAGGCGGCGGGGGACUGCGUCAGCAUGCUAGGGGACGCCGUGGGCAUGCUGCGGCAGUCGGUGGAAACCAUGGAGGAGCAGGCGGAGGAGGAGGGCCAGGCGACGCAGCAGGCGAGCAGGACGGCGAGGUUCCGCGUCGACAGCGUCCGGACGUGGGCCAGCGCGGCGCUCACCGACGACGGCAUGUGCAUGGAAGGCUUCAAGGGCGAGGCGGCCGGCGUGAGGGAGGCCGUGCGUUCCCACGUCAUCGGCCUCGCGCACCUCACCGCCAACGCGCUCGGCAUCGUCAACGCCAUGGCCGCCCAGACGCCGCCGUAGCCGCCAUGACACAUUCCAUAUAGACGGAGGUGUUAUACGUACCGUACGUACCUAUACGCCAUGCCUUGUGUACAAAUCAGAUAUACAGUACUAUUGAAGUGUUCCUGUUAGGCGCAAAAUAUACUGUGCGCAUGUGUCAGCGUCGUUUUGUA